AUGGAACCAGAAUCGCUCGCCGCCGCCGACGACAUGCUGCCUUCCUUACCGCUCGACGUCAUCUCCGAGAUCCUUUCUCGGACGCCCGUGAAGUCCGUGUGCCGGUUCCGGUGCGUGUCCAAGGCGUGGCACUCGCUCAUCUCCAACGCGGCGUUCCUCGCCACGCACAAGGAGCCGCCGCGCCUCGUCCUCGUCAACUCCGUCCCGGCUAACAACGGAUCUGCAGGGCCAGGCCGCGACCUGCGGCUAAAGGAUUUGGACGGCAACGUCAUAAGGGUGAUCAAGGACGCGGGCGCCUUUCUGGUGAUGUGCUCCGGCUCCGGCACCGUCGACGAUGGCUCCAUCUGCAUUUCUCUGAAUAAGUUUGAUGUCAAUGUGGUUGAUCUGGCAUCCGGAAAUGUGCUCGCCACCUCUGCAGGACUGAGAACGGAGAGCGUGAGGGAUUCUGCUUUCAGCUACGGCGUUGGGCGUGCCAUCCCAUCCGGCGCGUACAAACUGGUUUGCCUUGCAAGACCGCACACUUGCAAGGUUAUCACGUUGGAGGCCGACGUCGGGUGGAGACAGAAACAAUUGCCUGCAGCUGAUCCAGCCCAAGUCUCUUCUUCUGGUUCUGGCUACCCCCAGAAGUUAUCGGUUACGGUCAAUGGCAUCAUGCACUUCUUCUACCGCUUCCCGUCACCGCAGGUGGACCGGGACUACAUACUCUGCUUUGAUCUUGAGAGCGAAGAGUGGAAGGAGUCAAUGCAAGGUCUAAUGUUGCCGGCUGAAGGCAGGCCACGAGGAAGGGGAAUAUCUAUGAUCCGGCUCAACGACAAGCUAUGCAUGGUCGAAUGGAAGGAGCGCACCAGCAAUCCACACACCAACAUAUGGCUUCUCGCAGAUUCUGUCAAUAGCACCUGGGUCAAGACAUACACCAUCCCGAUGGCUCCAGCCACCGGUCUAGCGAUGCCAUUGAGGAUGAUGCCCGAUGGUGGAAAGCUGCUCGUCUUUUUCUUUCCUGGUCCAUCUUCCCGGACGAUGGCUCCGACGUUGCAAAUUUACGACCCAUUCACGGGGUCACGCACGCACCUUAUCAACUUUCAAGACUACCAUGUGGGCAAUGGUAUUUGUGGCAUGGACUUGAAGUGUGUUAUAUCUAGCAUCUCUUCAAUAGCCGAGCCACAAGAAUUCAAUCUUUCACUCUUAUUCAAGUGA